AUGUAUUCCUUCGAAAAUUUGAUUUUAGCACGAGUACAACAUAAAAAUGCUCCUCGUCUAAUUCGUCAAACAUCUCCUUCAUCUCCUCCGACAAUGCCACGUCCUAUUGCUGUGAAAAAACAACCAUUACAACAACAACAACAACAACAACAAUCAGUUAAAACCAGUCCAAUUGAUGAAGAUUCAACUGAAGAAGUUAUUGUUGUUGGUUCACCUCAACAACAAAAUUUAGCAGAACAAAAUGUUCUUAAGUUAAUGGCUAAUAAAUGUAAAGAAUUUCCAUCACAAAAUAUUCUUAAAUCAAAUCCAUCAUCUGAAUUUGUUCUACGUUCGGAAAAAAAAUCUGAUGAUACAACAAAUACAAAUGCUCCUGGUGAUGAAUGGAGUGAUGAUGAAGAUGACGAAGAUGAUGAUGAAAAUAAUGAUGAACAAUUACGUAAUACAACAGCAGCUGUACGACGAACAACACCAUUUAAUCGAACAGCUGAACCAACAUCGAGCAAUGAUGAAGAAGAUGAUGAUGAAUCGGAAAAUGAAACACAUUUAAUUUCGCGUGAAGUAUUAAUGCAACAUCGUGAACGAUUUCAACGAGGCACACCUGCUAAUCAAGAAGAAUCCGAUGAUGAUGAAACAAUGACAAAUAUGAAUUCAAAUUUAAGUCAGAUGUAUAAACCUGAAGAUUUAUCAACACCAACAAAACGUCCAACAUCAGGUUCAGGUUUUAUAAUAAAUAAUUCUAAAACACUUGUUUUACCUGAUGAUCAAAUGGAUAUUGACGAUGAGGAUGAUGAUCAAAAUGAAAUAUUUGAUGAAGAUCUUCGUGGAAUGGUUUUACCAACUGUUGUACAAUCAUCAUUAAAACAACAAAUUAAUCGUAAAAAUAAACAACAACCACAACAACAACAACAGCAACAACAACAACAAAUUGUUAAAGAAACUCGUCAACAUCAAGAUGAUGAAGAAAAUAAUACAGAUCAUGAAAUAAAUUCAUCAAGAAAAAAAUAUCAAGAAAAAAUUUGUUCACCAGAAAGUGCUGAAGAUGCAUCACAAGCUGGAUCACUUCCAUCGGAAAUGGAAACUGAAAUUUAUGAUUGUAGAGAUACUAUUGGACCAAAGAAAAAACGUCCUCGUCCUAAUAUCGACGACGAUGAUGACGAUGAUGAUGAUGAAGAAGAAGAAGAAGGUGAUUUUAAUUCGUCUGUAUCGGAUGUACUUAGUGGAACAGGUUCAGCAAAAAAUAUGGCUGAUUUUGAAGAUAUGAGCGAAUCUGAACAACAACCAACAACAGCACGUCGUAUGCGUAUAAAUCAUCAAUUAUCUGAUAUAGCAUCAUCCACUCCAACUGAUCAACAAACUAGAAAACGACAAGAUAAUGAAACAAAUCUUGGUAAUCAUACAUCAUCAUCAUCAUCAACAGCAUCAUCAACUGAAUCAACAAAUGGUUCAAGUACAGCUGGUAAUAUUGACGAUGAUGAAAUAAAUAUAUCAAAUUUAUCUUUACCUGGUCAAACACUUCUAUGGGAUUUAUUACAAGAUCAAACAAUAAAUAAUUCAUCUCAUUUACCAGAUAAUUUACUUAAUGAAACAGAACGUUUAUUUAUUCAAGUUCUUGGUUCAAUUGAAGAUAAACGUAUAUUAUUACAUUUUAUACAAGCAUGUUUAGAUAAUUUAAAAAAAUCAACAUCAAGUUUAAUAUCAUUACGUUUAUUACCAAAAUUAUUUUUAAUAUUUCAACAACAUCAACAACGUGCUAAUACAAAUAUAUUUUUAUUAUUUGAAGAAAAAUAUCAUGUAUUAAAUACUUUUUUUAAUGAUUUAGAACAAUUAACAAAACGUUUACAAGCAAAUACAUCAUUAAUAUCUAUACAUAAUGAAAUAACAGUACGUUUUCAAUUUUUAUCAUUUAUUUUUUCAAUAUCAGCAUCACCAAAAGAAUUUAAUUUAACACAAAAUCAAGCUGAUAAAUUAUGGGAUUGUUUAACAAUGAUAACUGGUUCAACAGGAGCAAAUCGUGAAGAACUUUAUAAUUGGUUAUUAAGUCAAUUGAAAAAUCGUGAUGGUGGACAUGCACUUUCAUUAGAAACAUUUAAACAUUUACUUACUGAAAAGCUUUUAACACAAAAACCUGAACAUGUAUGUUGCCAACAAUUAAACUUAAUUCAAGAAAUUCUUCAACAAAGUCGUACAAAUUGGGUACAUAUACUUCAACAACAACAGCAACAGGCAUCAUCAUCAUCAACAACAACAACAAAUUUAACCCAACAAUAUCAUGAUUUUCAAACAUUUGAAUUUUUAAUAUUAAAUUAUGUUAGUGAUGUUGCUAUGCGUGCAUUAGAUCAAAAUGUAAGUACAUUAGCAGCACAAACAUUAAAUAGUUAUCAAAUACAAAAUGAAGAUGGUACACUUGAUCGUGAAGAACCAUUCAUAGCGCGUUGUAUGAAUUGUUUAAAUGAAUGUAUAAAUACACUUGAUGAUUUAUCAUCAUUACGUACAAUUAAUCGUAUAUCAAUUUUAUUACGUACACAUUUAGAAUUAUUUCUGCGUCGUUAUUCAUAUGUUAUACGUCUUUAUCAAUAUAUAUCACAAACAAAUAAUAAUAAUAAUAAUAAUCUAUUUUCAUCAUCAUCACUUAAACCACAUGUAAAACAAUUAACAUUAACAGAUGAACGUGAUACAAAUGUGCUUAAAUUAAUAUGUAAUGCACCAAUAACAAGUGGUGGUACAGAAAAAUAUAUAUUAAAAAUGAAUCCAAAUGAAUUUAUUGGCGAUUUACGAGCGGAAUUAACACGUUGGUAUUGUACAUUAAAACCUCCGAUGACAAAUGUUUUAACACAAACAUUAUUAACAAUUGAAAAAAAUGAUUUACCUUUAUUAAGUUCAACAAAUUCAUCAUCAUCAUCAUCAACAAUCUCAUCAUCAUCAUCAUCAUCAUCAUUUGAUCUUCUUCACAUGUCAAAUUUACCAUCCAUACGUGUUUUAGCUAAUGGUCAAGAACUUGAUAGAGAUAUUGAUGAUAAAACAUUAAGUGAAUGUAAUAUAAAAGAUAAUCAAACAAUAUUAAUAAAUGCAUCAACAAGAAAUCGUACAAAAGAUUUAUAUAAUAUUGAUGAACGUCUUUUAAAAAAUUAUAUACCAUGUAAAAUGCCCAUGAUGAUAUUGUUAAAAUAUAUUGACCAAUUUUUUUCAAUACUUGCACAAUUACAAAACUUUAUUGAAACAUCAUCGGAGCAUGCUGAAGCUCGUUUAGCUGUUAGUCGUUUAUGGGAAAUUCUUCUACUUAUUCCAACACAUAGUGGUAUAUUUCAAAAUUUAUCACAAUUAAAUGAAUUUAUUGAUAAUGAUGAUAAUACUGAACAAUGGGCAAAUUGUUUACAACGUUCCGAUCCAUUUCGUUUAACAUAUUCAUUACAAAUAAUUGAUAUGCUUAUACGACGUAUGCCAACGUAUAAAGAUAUAUUUGUUAAUAAAGGUGGUUUAAAAUAUCUUUAUAAUUUAUUUAUUUCAAAAUCAUCUUUUACUGAACCUAUUGAUCGUUCAUGGUGUUCAGGUUUACCUGAUGCACUUUUAUAUACACUUAAAAUACUUUGUUCUUGUCUAUUAAAAAUUCCUACACCUACUAUUCAAUCUUCUGGUCAACAACAACAACCUCCACCACCACCAUCAUCAGUACCACCAGCCACAAUACCAACAGCUAUUGAUGAACAACAUUCACCUCGUACACCUGUUAAUACAAGAAAAAAAACUCGCCGUGAAACAACAACACCAGCUAUAAUUGCUGCAUUAUCAUCAACAGAUUUAACAAAUAUUGAUAAUUCAUCAUCAACACCAAUUGUUCAUCAACAAUCACAUUUUCAUAUAUAUGAACCACAUUGGGAAAAUGUUGCAUUAACAGAUAAAGAAAUUUUAUUAGAUACACUUAUUGAUAUACAAUUAUCAAUUGUUACAAAAAGUACACGUUUAUGUUGUCCUGUUGUUUUAUUACAAUUUGCUAAUCGUACGGAUUUAUUACAUACAUCAAUGACAUUAUUUAUAACAUUAUGUCAUUCAUACGAUGAUAUACGUACGAAAUUUAUUGAACAUCCAAAAUUAAGUAUAUGGUUAAAAGCAUUAUUACUCGAUGCAUAUGAUACUUUACUUAAACGUGAAGCUCAAUUAAAUAUUUAUCGAUUAUGUAUGGUUUCAAAUAAUAAUAAUAGUAAUAUUUCCUCAGGAACCAAUGAUGACUUAAAUCUUCAACCAAUAACCGAUUUUCCUCCACCACCACCUAUGCCAACUCAACGUAGUUGUCCAAUCGAUGAAGAAAAAGCAGCUCAAACAUUAACAAUCUCAUCUUCAAUCGAAUCAAUAAAUGAAACACCUGUCGAACGUAUUUGUCUUGUACCAAUACUUACAAAUCUUCUUGAAUUAAUUCCAUAUGCUUUAAAAUUUACAUCAUCAUCCACAUUAUCACCAUUAUAUCAAACAAAUUUCGAAACAAAUUCAACAUAUUCAUUACAAGCAUUAAAUAUUUCCUCAACAUUAAUACCAAAAUAUGAUAAUCAUUCAUUAUUUCUUAAUCAAUCUUCACAUGAAUAUUUUCAUUUAUUAACAUCAAUUAUUGAUCGUAUGCAUUAUGAUGAAAUAAAACAAAUAAAAAUUCAUAAAAAUAAAUUAUGUAAUAUAAAUCAAACAAAUCAAAUAAUAUUAUUUGAUCAUGAAUUAAUUGAAAUUUUAAUAAAUUUUAUUCAUGAACAUAUACCAUAUGAAACACAACGUGAUAAAUUAAUUGAAGAUGAAGUUUUAUAUGGUUUACUUUGUUUAUUAACAUCUAUAGUUAAACAAUAUAAUAAUUUAUAUGUUAAACAAAUUAAUCUUAAUAAUAAUCAAUUAUAUAAACAAUUAACAUUUAAUUUAAUUGAUCGUGUAUUUAAAUAUUUAUUUAAAUUACCAACAAGUGAAAAUCGUUUUGUACCAAAAUGUAAAUCAUUAUUAACACGUGCUAAAUCUUAUGAAUUUCUUAAUGAAUUAAUUAAAGUUAAUCGUGAAAAUUUUAUACAAUUACAAAAAAAACUUCUUGAACAACAUAAUUCAAUUGAUCGUCAACAACCAUAUAUAUGGGAUUAUUGGCCACGUGAUGAUGGACGUUCAUAUUCUGGUUAUGUUGGUUUAACAAAUUUAGGUGCAACAUGUUAUGCUGCAACAAGUUUACAACAUUUAUAUAUGAUACCUGAAUUACGUACAGCUAUAUUAAAUACAAAUAAAGGUGAUAAACAUGAUUUAAUUCUAUAUGAAUUAAAACGUAUGUUUGCUUAUUUACUUGAAAGUGAACGUCGUUCAUAUAAUCCAAAAAGUUUUUGUAAAGUUUAUACAAUGGAUGGUUUACAAUCAUUAAAUACAGGUGAUCAAAAAGAUAUGACUGAAUUUUUUACAGAUUUAAUUACUAAAUUAGAAGAAAUGUCUGAUGAUUUAAAACAACUUGUACGGGAUUUAUUUUGUGGUAUUUUAACUAAUAUUGUUAUUUCAUUUGAUUGUCCACAUAUAUCAAGAAAAUUAGAAGAAUUUUAUACUGUACGUUGUCAAGUUGCUGAUAUGAAAGAUGUACAUGAAUCAUUAGCAGAAUUAACUGUUAAAGAUACAUUAGAAGGUGAUAAUAUGUAUACAUGUUCAAAAUGUUCGAAAAAAGUUCGUGCAGAAAAACGUGUAUGUUUUAGAAAAUUACCAAAAAUUUUAUGUUUAAAUACAAUGAGAUAUACAUUUAAUAUGGUUACAAUGCAACGUGAAAAAGUUAAUACACUUUUUCAAUUUCCUAUGCAAUUAGAUAUGAGUGGUUAUAUGGAAACAAAUUUAAUUGAUAGAAAUAAAUUAAUUAGUAAUGAUAAUCAAGAUAAUUAUGAAGACAAAGAUAUUGAAAAUACAAAUAAAUAUCUUCCAUUUUCUCCAUCAUCUGGUAAUGAAUCACAUUUAUUUGAAUUAAUUGGUGUUACUGUUCAUACGGGUACGGCUGAAGGUGGACAUUAUUAUUCAUUUAUACGUGAACGUGUUAAACGUCCAAAUGAUAAUAAUUUUCCAGCAAAUGCUGAUAUGAUAUUAGAUAAUCAACAACAAUGUCAACAACAUCGUUGGUAUUUAUUUAAUGAUGCUGAAGUUAAACAAUUUGAUCCAUCACAAAUAGCUAAUGAAUGUUUUGGUGGUGAAAUAACAUCAAAAGGUUAUGAUCAAGGUUCAGAUCGUUUUCUUGAUUUUCAAUUUGAAAAAACUCAUUCAGCUUAUAUGUUAUUUUAUGAACGUAUUGAUACACCAUUACCAUCAUCAAUGUCAACAACAACAACAAAUAUACCAACAUUACAAUUAAAAGAUCCAAUACCAUAUACAAUAUCAAAAGAUAUAUCUGAUUGGAUAUGGGAAGAUAAUCGACGUUUUGUACGUGAUAGACAUUUAUUUGAUCAUCAUUAUUUUACAUUUAUGUGGACACUUUGUCAUCAUCAAGUACCAUUAAAUACAUUAACAAUAAAGCAAGAUGAACAACAAGAACAAAUUGAUAAAAAUUUAUCAACAAAAGAAUCAUAUGAUAUGUUACCUAUACAAUUAGCAAUAACAUUUGUUUUUGAAACAUAUAUACAUGCAAAAGAUAAACCAACAAUGACAGGUUGGGUUGAAUAUUUAUGUAAACAAUUUACAGCUUGUAAACCAGUUGCUGUUUGGUUUCUUUCACAUAUGACACAAGAUGAUACAUGGCUAACGAAAGUACUUGUUCGAUGUCCAAAUCAUACGAUACGUCAUAUGUUUGCACGUGUUCUUAUUGAUGUUUUACAUAAAAGUCGAUUUCGUGAUUCUUCCAAUGAAGAUUCUCUUGUUGUUCAACAAUUUAUUCGUAAAUAUUUAUCAAUUAUAAGUGAAGGUGGUGCACGUUUAUCCAUACGUUAUAUGUCAGAAUAUUUUGUUUUUCUUCAUGAUUUUGCACGUAAUGGUAUUGAUGAAUGUUAUUUAUUACUUGAUUGUUUAUGUAUACAACAAUUAAUAACAUUUUAUAUGUUACAUCGUGGUCGACAACCUAAACAAUCAUCAAAUAAUAAUAAUAAUAAUAGUAAUAAUAAUAACGAUGAUGGAAAUACAAGUUCUGAUGAUGAAAAUCAAUCAAGUACAAAUUUAUUAAUGACAACAAAUGCUAUUGAUGAUGAUAUAAUACCAUUAAAUACAAUACGUUUACCAACAAAUAAUAAUUUAAAUCGUCCAGGUAUAUUUGAAAAAAUGUUUCCAUUAAUAGCCUUAUUAUUAGAAACUGAACGUACACGUUCAAAUCUUGAAAAUUUUGAUUUACAUUUAUUUAUUGAAAAUGAUUUUGCUUUUAUACAACAACAAAUUCUUGAUAAUAUUAAUUUAAAAGCCACAGCACAUAUUAUACAAUUAAUAUGUUAUAAAAAUGAUGUAUAUGCUAAUAAAAUAGUGAAUCUUUUAUCACAAUGGAUAACAAAUUAUAAAAAUGAUAUGAAUAGUAUACAAGCAUUAUUUAAAGUUUUAACUUAUUUAAUUGAACAAAAUCCAAAUAAUAUAACUAAUGAUAAUACAAAUGAUCAACAACAACAACAACAAAUAUCAUUGACAAUGAGUCCUGAUAAAAAUUGGUGUGAUUUUGCAUCAUUAAUUGUUAUACGUAUUGGAAAAUUAAUUGAUAUAUGUCCAACACAAGUAUUUGAAUGGUUUAAUAAUAUUGUUAAUAAAUCAUCAAUUAUACAUCGAUGGAUAUAUAGUAAUAUACGGCAAUGGUUAAAACCAUAUUUAUUAUAUAAUACAUAUACUAAAGUACGUACAUUAAUAGCACAAUUAAUGGUUGCACUUGUACCAUCACCGAUAUUUCGACAAACAUAUCGGACAGGAAAAUAUUUUUUAAAUUUAUCUAAACAACAAUUAGCAUCAGCAGCACAAACAACGACAACAACAACAACACAUGGAACCAUAACAUCAUUAUUAACAUUUAAUCAACAAAUAUCAACUGUUUCGAAUACAACAUCAUUUUCUUCUCUAUUCGAUCAUCAACAAUUUGCACAAUAUCCAUCAGAUUUUACAACAGAUACAUAUCCUAUUCUACGAACAUUAUUAAAAUAUCUUCUUGAACUUCUUAUUGAAAUUGGUCAUGAUCAAAGUGAAUUACAUAUGAAUGAUAAUCAACAACGUCUUGUACAAUAUUUAUCUAUAUUAAUACAUUUUACACGUUAUGCAUCUGAAAAAUGUUUAUUAUCUGAAAAUGAUUAUUUACAUUCAUUAUGUUCAUUAAUAUCACAUCCAAAAUUAACUGAAGAUCAUACAAUAAAUAAUGGUAAUAAAUUAUUAAUAUUUAUUUUAUUACAACAAUUAUUAACAGAAAAAAUCUUUUUAACCAAUAUAUUAAAUUAUGAACAUGAUUUUAAACAACAAUUACCAAUGUGUUUAAUUAUAGUUGAUCAUGAAGAUCAAGAAUUAAUAUUAUAUAAUCGUUUAUUUUUAUUUAUUUAUUAUAAUAUAUUAAAACAAUUUUGUCAAUAUUCAUGGUCAUAUUGUAAAGAAUUAGCCUUACAUAAAAAUAUGUCAUGGGCAUUAAAAAAUGUUUUACCAUAUGUACAAUUAUAUCCUGAUGCCUGUGAACAAUUAUCAUCAAUAUGUAAAAUAAUAUCACAUACAAAUCGUGAUAAUCUUUCAAAUGAAGAUCAACAAAUAAUUCAAGAAUUUAAAAAAGAUUUAUAUAUAUUAAUUUAUCGUUUUAAUGAUAUACGUUCAUCAUGGACAAUUAUACUUGAUUUAACACGUGAUAUGUGUGAUUUACAAGCAUCACAUGAUGAACGUUUACAAAUAUUAAAUCGUCGUGGUUUACCUGUAUUAACAACAAUAUUUUUUACGAUAUUUUCAUUAUAUCAUGAUCAAACACAAACACAAAUAUUAACUAUACAAAAUGAUCUAAUUUAUUUAUUAUGUUUAAUUGCUAAUUUACUUGAUACAGCUGAUAUAAAUAUUAAAAAACCACAAACUAAUUCAACAAUAAAUAUGCGUAAUAUUGUUGGUACACAAUGGAAAGAAAAAAUGGAAUUAGUCGGAAAAUUACUUUUAUUACUUAAUUCAUAUAAUUCAAGUGAAAUACGACAACGUGCUGUUGAAUUAUUAAAGAAAAUUAUUGUACAAUUAACUAUACAAGAUUUAACACAUGUAGCUUUACAUGUUAAAACAACACAUGAACAAGCAGCUGCACAAUCACAUCCACAACUUGGACCAUAUUUUCCUCGAAGAAAACAACCAAUAAAUAAUUCACAACAACAACAACAACAACAACAAGGUAAUUUUAAUGAAUAG